UCACGAGUCUCACGACGAGUGGUGGUACUCACAACUCAGCGGCAGUUUCCCCGGAAACUCAUUUCCAUUUUCAGAAAAUUUGAAGGGAGAACCAGAUGUUGAGACCAGUGGAAGUAGGGUUUUAGAUGGCUCUGGUCUCCUUUUGUCCUUCCUCUACAUCAUCACUUCCAAUCCGCAGGUCUUACUCGAUUCCUAAAAUCUCGAUUGCAGAAACCCUCACCCCGAGAAGAAUCGUGCAUAGGACCUUAGGCAUCUCGGUUUAUGCUCAUGUGAAUCAUAGCUCAUCUCUUCAGAGCUUACGCUGUUGCCCGAGCUCUUCUUCUUCUUCGGGCAAGGGCGAAAAAUCUCAUUCGACGAGAAUCUUCAUCAAAGGACUCUCACCAUCAACUUCUGAAGGGUUCUUGAGCAGGAUUUUUUCACAGUUUGGGAACGUUAGCAGAGUGAAAAUCAUACCUGAUAGACAAUCAAAACAAUCUUUGGGAUUUGCAUAUGUUUGGUUUACUGAUGAAGAGUCUGCCCAAUUGGCUGCCAAAGAGAUGGAUGGAAAGUUUCUCGAUGGCAGGUUUUUUGUUGUUAUGAUUGCGAAGCCUGAAUCUCCUUCAAGGCAGUUAAAGUCUACGCCUUACAAAUUUUGACCAGAACAUUCCCUCAUUUCCCCGCUUUAGCUUAGCCCUUUGGAAUUUGGACUGGGGAUAUGGAAGUGGAGCAGUUGAUUGAGUGGCUUAAAAAGUCUGAUAUGUAAAUCACUCACUCACUCUCUCUCUCUCUCUUCCCCUCCGCCCCUUCUUUUUUCCCUUUCUUCUGGUAGGAUAUGGAAAUCAUUCUUUAUUCUCCUUUCUGGUUGUAGUUGUGUAUCUGAAUCUUCCUAUUAGCAUGCCUACCAACAAAUAGCAAAAAAUUGGUGACAGAAAAUUGGUGGAAGUAUCAAUGAUCUGUCAUGUUCGUGGGCUAUAAGGAUGAUAAACAAAUUAAAAUGUCAGAAAAUGUAUCAGGUUUUGGCUGUUCCCUUUCUGCGAGAUACCAUUGGCACUGUACAGAUCUUGUCAUCCUCGUCCACAGAGAUCAGUGAUAUAUGAUCAGAUAUCUUGAUUUGGUGUCUAAUAGUGAAGUCCAGACUCCAGACACAUGCAUUAGACAGGUUAUGUUAUUUAAGGGCAACACCAUUUACGAGAGAGAACAUUGGUCUAUAGCUCAAUUAUUUCUGAACAAUCCCAAAAUGUCUCCCAGAAAAACUUUUCCUUUACCCAUAGUUAAGAGAAAACCUCUUUACCCACCACUUCAAUCGCAUAGGCUCAGGGACAUCUAUAAUGUUGGAUGUAACUGGAGUUCUGAGAACAGCCAUCAAGCUUACGUCUAGAAAUAGGAAACUCAUGGUCUCGGUCACAAACCUUCUACCUAUUCCCUUUUCCAUCCUUUUUUAUGUUUGAUGUUGUCUUAGCUCGGCCUUUGCUGGAAAACUUGAGUACUUGAAUUACAACCAUUCUACAUCCCAGACAGAUGCCUGAAUUUUGGUGUCUUGAAUUUACUUUCUUACUGGUCUUCUAUGUUAUUUCUCUAUCUGGGAUGGCUGCAACUAUAUGCUCAUCUGCCGUAACUUACGAAGGUAACGUUAUAAGAGUGGAGGAGUUGUUAAUGCUGAUCCGAGUGACAUAGAAAAGGUUCGUCGUCGCAGAACUGUAUGUUUUGCUUGUGUGUCUAUGUCUAGUCAUGAUUGGGGCUUUCAUUCUAGUUACUGCUGAUGGUGUCAUUGCUGCGUGGAUUAGCAUUGUUGGUUUUUCUGCUGCAUUAUUAUAUCGUUACCUGGCCACUAUUUUUAUGCUGGGUCACAUGAUCUCAAUUCUAGAAGACUGCUUUGGAAUGAAAGUAAUAGGAGAAAAAUUCAGGGGUUUGUCCUUGUUCUGUUUCUAGAGCUACUGAGAACUCUAAUUUCCUUUCUGUUGAUUCUUCUCACAGUUGUUGAUGAUUAUGAUUUCAAUGACUCAGAUUGCCUUCGUUUUGUAGACUAUCUUCUAUUAUGGAUGCAAGAGGGGUCACAAAGUGAACGUAUAAAUUGAAUCAAUCUUACUCCCACAGAUCAUGGGAUGAGGAAAAAUCAAUACCACCUCAAAAUCACUCUUGUAGACUAGAAUUGUUGUCAUAUGGCUUCGUAGUCACUCCCCCUUUAUAUACAAAUGUUUUGCAAUACCCGUCCCA